UUUCAACUCUGAAUCAAUACAAGCAGGCUGCGCAGACGGGGCCCAGUUGGUUGCGGCACAGAGAGAGAUCAUGAGAGUUCAUAGGAUGAGGAACACAAGUAGUUUCUGAGAAGCACUAUUUUUACGCGACAAUAGAGCUAAGAAUUGGCGACGAAGAGUAACUACUCGCUCAAGCGAGACUACGCACGGGCACGAUUGAUAUCUAGGCGACAUUACCAUUCACAAGAGAGCCUCUUGAGCUGUACACUUCAUUGACAACUGUUUAGAAGUGUCAACCCUAUAGUUCAGAGUUAGUACUUACUAAAAUCCCAAAAAACGACAAUGGAGCCUCGCAUAGCAGACGUCAAAGACGUGCACCGCCUCGAGCGGAUUGGCGCGCACUCGCACAUUCGUGGUUUGGGUCUUGACGACAGCUUAUCCUGAGUAAAAACGUACCCACACCAGAGUUGUAAUGCAGAUUUGUAAAGACAGGAAGACUUGUAAUGCGCAUCCCCAUGAGAGCCAUUUCCAAUCGUGUUUCGGAAUUUGUGAUGCUGUGAACAGGAUGAGCAGAUGAAUCUGUGAUGCGGCUGCACUUGCUAACCUGCACUACACUGCAUAGUGCAACUUGUCAUGCGUGACUCACAAAGCUGCUAGGUUUGUGUUGCAAAAUCCUCAUCCUGACUCUGGUGUGGGUACGUUUUUACUCAGGAUACAGCUUGGAUGCGCGGCUGGUCUCCCAGGGUAUGGUCGGGCAGAACAAAGUAUGAAUUGCAAAAAUGUCUGGGUCUGGAAGAAUGCAACUUGUGAUGCUAUUUUUGGAAUCUACAAAAAUCUGUAUUGCAUGAGCAGCAAGAGGCGUCCAGUUUUUGCCCGGCGGAGAGGGCAUCUGUCAUGCGGGAUAGGCAUCAAGAUACCCGCAAAAAAUUUGUGAUGCUGGGGCAUACAUCGCAGACAUCACAGGUCAUGCAAAAUGUCCAUGACAAAUCUUGCAAUCUUCCAGACCCAGACAUAUUUGCAUUUGAUACAAAGCCCGACGAGCGGCCGGUGUCAUUUUAUCCAUGAUCAACGAAGGGCGUAUUGCAGGCCGUGCCAUCCUAAUCGCUGGUCAACCCGGAACGGUACUGAUUUGCUUCUGUGGUCUUUGCUUGAAUUCCGAACCCACGUGCAUAUUGAUAGAUUAUCUUUUCUGCCGGUAGAAACGAAAUUCACAAUACGAUCAACCAAAUCUAGUACAAGAACAUCGUUUAUUAAAAAACUACAGGGUAAAACGGCAAUAGCCAUGGGUAUGGCAAAGGCGCUCGGCGACGACACCCCUUUUACCUGCAUAGCAGGUAGUGAAAUUUUUUCGUUGGAAAUGUCCAAGACGGAGGCGCUAACCCAGGCGUUUCGGCAGUCGAUCGGAGUGAGAAUCCGGGAAGAAGCAGAAAUCAUCGAGGGUGAGGUAGUGGAAAUAGAAAUCGAGCAGGCCGAGGGACGCGCGCCAACGUUCGGAAAAAUGACACUGAAGACGACAGAAAUGGAGACAAUGUAACGAGUUUUUUGUUGCGUGAUGCUCAGAGUAAAUUUUGAGGUUUUUCUUUCGAUUCUGUGCUGCAGUGCUUUUUGUUUUAGAUGGGCGUAAAAAUUCUCAUUUCCAAAAUUUCACAGAUACGACCUCGGUCAGAAGAUGAUCGAGCAGGUACAAAAGGACGACAUUCAAGCGGGAGAUGUAGUCACGAUCGAUAAAUCAUCCGGAAAGAUUUCUCUACUCGGAAAAUCUUUCGCGCGCAGCAAGGACUUCGACGCCAUGGGACCGCAAACAAGGUGCGUUUUCUUCUGCCAUAAUUUGAACUAGAUGUUGCACAAUUUUGAUGGACGCAACCUAAAGUUUGGCGAGAUCCUAAGGUCGGCUGUCGGUCUUGGAAAGAUGCUGCGACACACGAUCAAGUCGAACCAACCUACCACAACAAAAAUCAAAAACAGGUUUGUGCAGUGCCCGGACGGCGAGCUGCAGAAGCGGAAGGAGGUCGUGCACACGGUGAACCUGCACGAGAUCGAUGUGAUCAACAGUCGAUCGCAGGGUUUCCUCGCCCUCUUCGCCGGCGAUACCGGUGAGAUCAAGCAGGAGGUGCGUGAGCAGAUCGACGCCAAGGUCGCGGAGUGGCGGGAGGAGGGCAAGGCCGAGAUCGUGCCGGGCGUGUUGUUCAUCGACGAGGUGCACAUGCUGGACAUCGAGUGCUUCUCCUUCCUGAACAGGGCACUGGAAAUGGAAACCAGUCCCGUGGUCAUCAUGGCGACGAACAGAGGUAAUAUAUGUUGUAGAAUUUUUUUUUCUCGCCCAUAAUGAUAUCAUUUUCAUUUCUCAAAAACAGCUUUUACAAAAAUGAUCCUGUUUUGGCCUAUUUGUUCUGCACAGUAAAAAUCAACUGGCACACGACCGUCAUAUUCUCUAGGUAUUACCAAAAUCCGCGGCACGGAUUACAAAUCCCCUCACGGAAUCCCGCUGGAUUUGCUGGACCGCGCACUGAUUAUCAGCACGGAGCCCUACAGCGAGCGAGAAAUCCGGAAAAUUCUCGACAUCCGAGCAGGUUCGUUUUUGCUUUUUGAGCACUAGAACUGUUGAUGAGGAAUUCGGCUUUAUUUCUGUUGCAGCUGUGCGUGACCGUGAACUACAUGAUUUAUUUUUCAAAUGAAGUCAAAGUCGUAAAUUGCUGCUACAAUACCGCCACAACAGAGGAGGAAGACGUCGAGAUGACGGAGCCUGCUAAGGAGCUGCUGACCAAGAUCGGGAUGGAGAGCACGCUGCGAUACGCCAUCCACUUGAUCAGUGUGGCCAACCUGGUGUGCUUGAAGCGCAAGGGCCAGGAGGUGGACGUGCCGGACAUCCGCAAAGUGUACUCGCUCUUCGUGGACGUGAAGCGCAGCACCCAGUUCCUGAUGGAAUACAACCAGGAGUUCAUGUUUUCCGAGUUCGACCAGGUCGAGGAGAAGAUGGAGGAAGACUGAACAGAAGCAGUUCAACAUCCGAAGGCGUAGUUUUGAAGCCAGUUCUUGGAGAAGGGAGAAACACUGUACUUACUUAUCCAGCACAUCAUGGUGAGAACAAACAGAAGGAUUUUUUUCGAACUAAUUUCGGGUAUUGACGAAAAGGGAACCAGCGGACGAGGUCGCGACCGAGCUGAUUUUUUGGUGGGAUCGAUGCUCCUCAUAAAUAUCUUUCAACAGGAGCAGCACGUAAGCUGAAUACCACAGUAGACCUGGACUUUUUUCAAUUAUCGAAUUCGCGGAGAUAGUUCUUGGUAAUUCUUUUGUACGUGAGAAGACCAUUGCGGAAACAAGGUGUGGGUGUUUUUCUUUUGCUAGUCUGGGGAUGGAAUUGCCGAUGGAACAGAAUGUAAAGUCUUCUACAAGCGAACACAUGUACAACAAAAAAAAAGAUGAACAAGCAAGAAACAU